CCCGAGGCCGGAGCGGGCCGGGAGAGGUCGCGCGUGCCCGCCUGGGAGCGGGCUUCGAGGGCUCGGCCCGGGAGCCUCGCGGGGGCCGGGGGCGCGGGCCCGGAGGAGGAGCCGAGCAGCCCGCGAGGGGGCGCAGGCGUGGAGCCCGCCGGGCCUCGGGCGGCGUCCGCUCUCCUCACUCCGCGGCCUGGCGGGAGGCGCUCAUGUGGCCCCUCGGGCGUGUCUCCGCUUUUCGCAGCCGGCAAGGCCAGGAAGAAAAACCAGGAAGGAUAAAGGAUUGCUGGAACAGCCAGGAAGUUCCUGCACUCUCUACAUGUAGCAAUGCCAAUAUCUUUCGAAGAAUAAAUGCCAUUUUGGAUGAUUCUCUGGACUUCAGUAAAGUCUGCACAACACCUGUAAAUCGAGGAAUUCAUGAUCAUUUGCCAGUAUUAAGCAUGCUCCAAAAUCCGCUGGGAAAUGUUCUAGGAAAACCCCCCUUGAGCUUCCUGUCUCUGGAUCCCAUUGGGUCUGACUUGGACAAGUUCCCAGCACCCUCAGUUAGAGGAUCUCGCCUGGACACCCGGCCCAUCUUGGACUCCCGUUCUAGCAGCCCCUCUGACUCAGACACAAGUGGCUUCAGCUCUGGAUCAGACCAUCUUUCAGAUUUGAUUUCAAGCCUUCGCAUUUCCCCUCCUCUGCCCUUCCUUUCUAUGCCGGGAAAUGGCCCCAGAGACCCUCUAAAGAUGGGAGUUGGGUCCCGAAUGGAACAAGAACAAGCCGCUCUUGCUGCUGUUACUCCCUCUCCAACCAGCGCUUCAAAGAGAUGGCCAGGAGCUUCUGUAUGGCCAUCCUGGGACCUUCUCGGAGCUCCUAAAGACCCUUUCAGCAUAGAGAGAGAGGCUAGGCUACACCGGCAGGCUGCAGCUGUAAAUGAAGCUACCUGUACCUGGAGUGGCCAGCUUCCUCCCCGGAACUAUAAGAACCCCAUCUACUCAUGCAAGGUGUUCCUAGGAGGUGUUCCUUGGGACAUUACGGAAGCUGGAUUGGUUAACACCUUCCGUGUUUUUGGCUCUCUGAGUGUGGAGUGGCCUGGUAAGGAUGGCAAGCACCCCCGGUGUCCUCCCAAAGGGUAUGUGUAUUUGGUGUUUGAACUAGAGAAGUCUGUGAGGGCCUUGCUUCAGGCUUGUUCUCAUGAUCCAUUGAGCCCAGAUGGCCUGAGUGAAUAUUAUUUCAAGAUGUCCAGCCGAAGGAUGCGCUGCAAAGAGGUGCAGGUAAUCCCUUGGGUCUUGGCUGACAGCAACUUUGUCUGGAGCCCAUCUCAGAGGCUGGAUCCCAGCAGGACGGUGUUUGUUGGUGCCUUGCACGGGAUGCUCAAUGCUGAGGCUCUGGCUGCCAUCUUGAAUGACCUAUUUGGUGGAGUGGUGUAUGCUGGGAUUGACACAGAUAAGCACAAGUACCCCAUUGGGUCUGGUCGUGUGACUUUCAAUAACCAACGUAGUUACCUGAAAGCAGUCAGUGCUGCUUUUGUGGAGAUCAAAACCACCAAGUUUACCAAGAAGGUUCAGAUUGACCCCUAUCUAGAAGAUUCUCUGUGUCUUAUCUGCAGUUCACAGCCUGGUCCUUUCUUCUGCCGAGAUCAGGUCUGCUUCAAGUACUUUUGCCGAAGCUGCUGGCACUGGCGACACAGCAUGGAAGGCCUGCGCCACCACAGCCCCCUAAUGAGGAACCAGAAGAACUGAGAUUCCAGCUAGAGAAGCUGGCCUUGCCCAGUGGUCUGUGGCGCCCAAGGCUGGCAAGUCAGGUAGCAGCCUGUACCCUGCACUGGCGCCAAAGGAGCUAGCUUUCUGCAGACAAGGGAAAAUUUUAGUCACCUUUGUACUUGCUAAAUAUGUCUUUGUUUCUGCACUAAUUAAUGCACAAUGAGUUUUGUCAGGUUUUGUUUUCAGGGGGGGUGUGCCAGAGCAAGGACCCUCAGGCUCACCCUCAAGCAAUUGUAGUUUUCCCAGAUUCUAAUUCCUGAUUUUGCAAAUGAAAAGAAAACAACAACAAAAAACUAUGUGUCCAGAAGGUAUUGGCACAGAUGUGUACCUUUAGGUUUAUUUAUUAAAAUGCUUUUUACAUUCCUUGCAAUACUGACGGUGGUGAUGCGCAGGACUCAUUGGUUCAUUCUUGCAGUUGCCAUACAGUGCCUUUCCAUUUAUUUAAUCCCCACCUGAACGGCAUAAACUGAGUGUUCAGCUGGUGUUUUUUACUGUAAACAAACAAGGAGACUUUGCUCUUCAUUUAAACCAAAUCAUAUUUCAUAGUUUACGCUCGAGGGUUUUUACUGGUUCCUUUUUACACUCCUUAAAACAGUUUUUAAGUCGUUUGGAACAAUAGAUUUUUUUUUCCUGGCAGCUUUUAACAUUAUAGCAAAUUUGUGUCUGGGGGACUGCUGGUCACAGUUGCAAAUCAAAGCAUUUGUAACCAAGAGAAAAAUUAUUUUAUUUAAAACUGGACCGGAGGAAAAAAAAUUACGUCUGAGCAGCUGCUGUAUAUAGUUUAAAAUGGUUUGUCGCGCCUUCUUACGUUGCACUUACGUGGGGGGAGGGUUGAUAGGAGUUUUUAAUCACAGUCACAGGACUUUUUCUUUUGUAACUGAGCUUAAAAAUUAAAAAAAAAAAAAAAAAAAAGGGCUGCUUUUUGGUGGGGGCAGGUGAAGGCUCACAGGAGCCCUUUCUCUUAGAGGGGCAAGUACCCUUCUUAUGUCUUUUAUUUGAAGAAUGUAUGAAUCAACAGUUACAGUUGACAAGAAUGCUACUGGAAUUUGAAAACUUGACUCUUCUUUUUCUUUUUAAUUUAAUUACUACUUGCCCCUCUUAGGGAAGCUGUGUGCCAAAGAACCAGUGUCAUAACCCCCUCCUCCCUCCUGCUGAGCUGAUGUUGCAUUGUUGCAUAUCCCAGCUACUCUGUGGGUUUUGUGAAGCUGUGUGUGAAGUCUCUACCUCAUUGUUGUAUAUGCAGGCAAGACUGCACUCUCCUACAGGUGUGUGGAGUAAGCUGUGGUGUACUUUUUUUGGCACAUAAUAAACACGUUGCAGCAAAGUUA